AUGGCAGAUUAUAGCAAUCGUACCUUAUCGAAUUCUACUAUAAAAUGUGUGGAAGGAUCACCUGACGCCGGAGAUCCAUCGGGCCUUAAUGCAAUCCAGAUCGUGACACUGACCAUCUGCUUCAUGGCCAUUUGUUCUAACCUGAUCCUAUUGUCGUUAUUUUGUGAUAGACACGUCUGGCAGCGCUCCUUUGGAGUGUACCUAAUUAUUUUGGCCGUUGGCAACAUAAUAAAUAGUAUUUUACAGAAUGGUCUCAUCCUGAUGGUCAAGAACGUUCUCUCUCCUGAAGAUGAUUCCUUAUUUUGUUCCGUCCACAUGACGCUGCGCCUGAUUGUCACCGCGUACGUUCCGUUCAUCCAUGUACUGAUCUGCGCCAAUCGCAUCUGGGCGCUGGUAUAUCCGUACUCGUACCGCGCGCGUCAUACGUUCCGACUGGCUAUUUCUGCCUGUGUCGUAGCGGCUAUCGUCAUCGUCGGUUUUGUUAUACCGGCGACCGUCGUCGACGCUCUGCAUGGCCGUACACCGUCGCUAAACGAAUUCUGUCGAAUGAACUUCAGUAACGAAGAUUUGGUUAAAUGGACGUACAGUUUCAAUAUUAUUUCGCUGUUUAUCCCGGAGAGUAUUAUUCUGUUGACGUGCCCGUUUCUGCUACGCAAACGUGCGAUACCGUUAAAUCGUAUGCGGGUAACACCGAGUGGGAUGUCGCCGCGGGGAAUCAAACGAUCCACGGAUAAUGAUGUUAUUGAUGGGCACGAUGUCAGCCGCAACGGUUCUGCCUUACGCAAGCAUCCACGACAGAACUACAGGAUUUUAGCGCUGUUGACCGUUAGUGUGUUUAUUUGCUGGACACCGGUGAAUGUAUAUUACGUAUUGCCAAAUCUUACGAGCCACACCAGGUUCUUUCAGAUUGCUAAUGUGGUCAAACUGGUGCAUUCGGCGAUUGAUCCGGUACUGUUUAUUGCCUCUAUUGACGAUUUGAAGGAAGCGUACUGGAGAUGCACGAAAAAGAUCCUGUGUAACAGAUUAUAG